AUGGAUGAUGACGAGGCUGCUUGGCUGCUCGAUGUGACGAAUUGUGAGGCAAAUCAGCUUGACGCCCAUUUCACAGAACUGGAGGCCCACCUCGCAUCGCAGCUUUCCUACGGUGAGUUGGACCUGAGCCUUGCGGAGCUGCGCGAGGUGCGCUCCCGCUGCCAUGCCGUCGGCUUGGGUGCCGGGGCUCUCGGAGCCUUGGACGAUGCCAUAGCAGGCGAGGCCGAGGAGCUUUCCUUCAGCAUCGACAUCACGAGCGACGGUGACCAGCUGGAGAUCAUCUCUUGUGCAGGUGACUACCUGGCAUUGUUUCGGCACUACGCGCUGGCGGAGACUCAAUACCGCAUCUCGAAGGAUGACUUCGGCUUGGCGCGAUGCCUGGCAGAGCGCCUGGCGAGGGAGCGUCGCGAUGGGAAGGAUCAGGAGGAGCUGGAGGAGCUGGAAAUUGACGCCCUGAGUGCAGCACUACGAGCACUGCAUCACGUGAAGGAAUCAGCUGGUGGCUCCCUGAGCAGCCUCUGGGAGCGCCGGGCCUGCCAGGUGCUGCACCUUCUGGACGACCUCAGUUCUGCCGCGGCUCCGGGCCGACUGGAAGGCUGCUUGGGAGAUGAAACGCCGCUGGAGUUCAUCGAGAUGCUCGGCUGCUUCCUUCGCUGCUCUGGCGCUGGCGCGGUGGAAAGUUUAUCGAGGCGGCUGCUGAUGCCAGCACCCUUCCUGCCUCAACGGCUGCCUUCCUUGCAUGGCAUCCAGCUUCCGCCAGGUAUCCGCACCCUGUUGAUCGAUUCACGGGCCUUUUGCCAGCCGGGGUUGGAAAGCGCGGUGCGUCGCUGGCGCCUUGAAUUGCGAAAAGCACUCAACGAGGCCUCUCUUCACCCGCCCUCGAACGAGCUGCUGGCCAGCGCAGCUGCUGUUGCUUGCCAUUGCCAUUUCACAGGCUACUGCAUUCCUCUGCAUGAGAACGACGAGGAGCCGCAAGGCAGCAUGCCUGACGGCGCGUUUACUGACUGGCUGGUGUCGGCAAUGUACGAGGUGCCUUGUCAAGAUGCACCCGCCCAGCUGGAGGCCAUGGACUGCAUCCCAGAGCUGGCCGAGCUCAUUUGCAGGACCCGCAAGCAGCCGAAGGAGGAGGAAGCUUUGAUCAAGACCUUGGAGUACCUGUCCGAGCACGACUUGGUGGCCUCUCCUUGCCGAGACUUCUACGACUGCACUUUGUAUCCUCCGUGGCACUUUGCAGUGGAGAGCGUGGGUGUGAUCCCUGUACCUUUGGACGUGCGCUUAAAGUACAUCUCUCCCGUGUGGACUCCUGAGCAGGUUUCCUGCACUCGCAUCCUUGUCGCUGGCUGUGGCUCAGGCCAUCAGGUGGCCGUUGAGCUUCGCAGCACGGAACUGGAAGGCACAUCAGAGCUCGUUGCCCUUGACGUCUCCGCAAGAACCCUGGCUGCUGCCAAGCGCAAGCUGCGCUCUGUUCUCACCGAAACAGAGUUCGCCCGCGUGAGGUUCCUAGUCGGCGAUCUCCAGCACCUCACGCGAGAUCAUGCUCUUCUUCGAGAUGGUUUCGACCUCGUCGUUUGCUGUGGCGUGCUGCAUCAUUUGCCGGAUCCAUCCUCGGGGCUGCAGCGCUUGGCAUCGCUGCUUCGGCCAGAGGGUGUCCUUCAGCUUGCAACCUAUUCCACCAUCAGCUUCAAGACUUGGCAGCCGCGAGUUGAGGCCUGGCUGAAGAAGCUGCCCUUUGCCUCGCAGUUUCAAGGAGGCUCUAGAACACCUUCGCAUCGGGAGGUGCGAGCCUUGCGUCAGGAGGUUCUCACGGCUUCGGAGGAUCCCGAAUCGAGGGAGAUCCGCGACUUGCUGGUCCACUUUCCGGAGUUCUUCACGUACGCGGGCUUUUUGGAUCUGCUUUUCCAUCCUUUGGAAAGGACCUUCACCCUCAAUGAGCUCUUGGAGGGACCGAUAGCAGCCUCAAGGUUGACUCCACUGGGCAUCUUCUUCCUUGAUGUUAACGCAGAGCUAGUAGCUCGGCGCUGCUUCGCCAAGCGCUUCCCCGAGGAGUCUGAGCUGAAGAUGGUUGACCUCAGGCUCUGGCACACCGUGGAGGCCGCACUGGCACACUUCAAGGAAUACGCCGUGCUUCCAUUGGUCCUGCAGGAGGAGGAGCAAGACAUCUUCGGCCGAAUGCAUGGUGUGUGGUUGGCAAACACCGCCACUCGCGGCCCGGCUGUGUUCUUCUCAGCGGGCGUCUUGAAGCGCAAUCUGAUCCAAGGCUCGGGCGGGGAAGAGAGUGCGGCCAAGCGCGCGAGGAAAAUAGCCGCUUUGCCAGAAGAACGUCUCGCACCCGAACACAGAAAUCAAGCAUCCCGUGAUAUCCCGCACUUCGCCAUGGAGGCGUCCGAAGGACAGGAACCGGAGGAAACGGAGGAAGCAGAGGAAACCGGCGAGCCUGGCCCUGCGGAAGGUGAUCUGGCAGACAAAGAGUUGGUUGCUGCACUGUUCAAGACAGUGCGCCAACGUUGCCUUGCAGCCAGAGCCAGCAUUGCAGCGUCAUCCGUGAAACUGCAGACGUUGCAACGCGGGCGUGUUGCCAAAGUCGAGAUGAUGAAGAUGCGUGAGGCAGCAAAAUGCUUUGAAACUGUGGCUCCCGCGCUCAAGAGCCUUGUGCUACGGAUUCGCCUCGCAAGUUUCGAGGAGCAGCAAGCCGUUCGGCGGCUGCAAGAAGCUUGUCGAGUGGCAGUUUGCAAGCGGCGUGUUCAUGGUCUUUGCAUCCGGCGCCUGCAAGCUUUGCUUGUUGGACUGGAGAAGAAGGUCGAGGCCCAGCAACUGCUUUCUCGAUUGCAGAUGCGUCGUCGGAUGCGAGAGCAUCCUGAAAGCCUCUUGCGAGUAGCACUAAAGGCUGUGCAGCUGCGAAGGCAACUCUCAGAAAGAAGAGAACAUGAAGCCGUGUCUUGCAUCCAAGCACGUGCACGUGGUGGUUUCGAACGUGCACAGCAGAGGACCGAAAAGGAGCAAGUUGCCAUGCAGACCGUCAGGGAUGUUUGUCGGCGAUUUGCUGCUCAGCAGAGCUUGCGUGCAGUCAAACAGAGGCAGCUGCUGCGAGAUUCAUCUGAUCUCUGGGGAUCCGUGAUUCAAACUUACAAGAAACGGUCGCAGUUGGCUUUUCACUUGCUCUACAGUCGGGCAAGUGCGAAAAUAACUGCUAUGUGGCGUGGGGCUUUGGGACGACGGGCUGCGCGGAAGGUUCGGUUUGAGAAAUCGGCUCAGGGCGCCUGCAACACCCUAAAGAGCUUCCUUCGGUGCUACUGGGCACGAGAGACGCUCCUCGGUCGACGGCUGGACACAGACUAUGCAGAGAACCAGAGGAUCUUCUGCAUAGCGCUGAGAACCCUCAAGAUGCGGAUGCGGCUUUGCCGUUCAGUCGACGAGGCCCGCAAGCGGGCUGCCAUGGAGGUGCUCUCCAGGUACGUAAAAGGAAUGUACAUCCGCAGUGGUCGUGUUUUUGAUUGGGAGAAGUAUGCAAAGAGGACGGGUCGUCGAAUUACCGACGACAUACGCGAGCGUAUGGCCUCUGACAGGGCAGAAGUGGAAUGGGCAAUCCGUGUUCGAAAGCACGUGCUCCGCGUGAGGGUUGAGCUCGAGGAUGAACGGCUGCAAGUGGCUAACAUGGCUGCGCUGCAGUUGCAAAGGAGUUGGAGAGCUCGCCAAGUGAGGCUCCAGCACUUCAUGUCCAGGUUGGCCUUGCGGCUUGCUGCCGAGCGUCAGACCCUACUGGCACUACAGCGAUCGGAGGUGCAGGCGAUGCACAGCAUGAGCUCAGAUUCUCUUCAAGGUGCUCUCCGGCCGUUUCAUGUGCAAGUGAUGUGCGCUCGGCCGUAUCCUCCUCGGGACUGGGUCGCGUCCCUGUCUGAAACCCCAGAGCCAGUGGUGGACGUGGACGCCGCCGACUCCUUCGCCAUCCUUGCUGGCCGCAGUGGGACGGCGUACUGUCUGCCAAGCCACGCAAACGCCGAGCUGAUUGGCUCGCCCGAGCCGCUGAAGCUGCAGGGGCCCUUUGUGCUGCAGCACCACCGCCUCCUUGCAGCAAGCCCCAGUGUCGUGCAGGUCUCGUGUGGUGCGCACCAUGCGCUUCUGAUGACCGGAGAGGGUCUUUGCUUUGCAUGGGGCAAGAACGAUUGUGGGCAAUGCGGCAUUGGAUGGCCGCGCCCCGAGCAGCUGGAGCAACGGGUGGUGGCCGAAGCGACCUGCUUGCAGCCAUGGGCGGCGGCGCAUGGAGUCGCCACGUCGGAGAUGCGUUCUGCUGGUCUCUUGGAGCCACAGCGCGGUGAGAGCCUCACAGCUGCUUGUGCUUCUGGUGCCGUCUUGCCUCGCCUGCGAAGCGUCUCAGCUGGACCCCAGACGAACCUUGCUUUGGAUUUCGAUGGACAAGCUUGGGCAUGGGGGUCCAGAACAGGAUUGGGCCUGAAUUCCUGGAUGCCGCUGGCACAGCCCCGUGCUGCUCCAUCCAAGGGCACAGUGAGACCGGGUGCGGAUGGGAGUCGACAUCCUACAGCCUGCCCCUUUCUGCUUUUCCAGGUCAUUAAGGCCACUGAAACGGGAGCUGCAAGGAGUUCGAAGAGUGUAGAAGUGCAGGAGUUGGACUUGAAGGAGUUGGCAGGCAACGUGCUUGUGCCGACCUUACUUUGCAACCUCACGCCGCUGGAAGGCGAAGCCUCUGCGCGCUCAGUGUCCUCGGCGCUGCCGGAAGCAGUCAUCCUUCAUUCCAAGGGGGGCAAGCCCCAGGCUAUCUUGAGUCCCGCAGCAGGAGCAGGAGCAGGUGGUGGUCGAAGUGAGAACUUCUUCGUCAGCGCGGUGGACACUGAGCAUGCAAGUUUCGCAGUUACGGCCCGUGGCGUUGCAUACAGCUGGGCCUCCGUAGGAGGAGAUAUCCUCGGACGUCCUGGUGCAAGCAACAUGCCGGCUGCAAUCCCAACCUUCCUGCAGCUCUCCAUCUGCGUGACAUGUAUCAGUGCAGCCGUAGACCACGCACUUGCUUUGACUGCACAUGGGCGUGUUUUCACCUGGGGCACUCUUGAGGCUUCCGUGGGGACUGAGCGGUUCCAGCGGCGUUCGUUCACGCAGCCCAUGUGUGUAGAAGGAGCGGUGCGAGGCUUGAAAGUCAGCAAAGUUCUGGCAGGCCGCACAUCCAGCCUGGUCGCGUUUCAGGAUUGUGAGACAGUGCUGGGAUGGGACAUGGUGGAGGUUUCCAUGCUGAAGGGCAAGGGUCAUGUGGACCCGGCAGUCUACGAGUUCCCCUUGACCUACGAUGCUUUCGGAGGCACCGACCCGGGAUCGCCCGACUCUCCGAAGUUCGUCGAGAAAGUCCUGUCACCAGCUCGCAGAUCUGGCCCUGGCCGCAACAAAGUCACUGCAAAGCUCAGCUUGUGCCAGUCUCAGACCUUGCAACUCUUGAUGCAGGAGCCUUCCAAGGGACAUGGGCCUUUCUCCCAUUCUGAACUCUUUGCUUGGGCAGGGAGGAGGUCUGCUGCUGCACAUGCUCGGAGGGAAGAUGACGAGGAGGCUUUCAGGCAGCAGUCCAUGCGGGAGAUGAGAGCAGAGCGCUCUCGCAUCAAGCAGCUAAGCAACGUGUCCUUGCUGAGAGAAGUAGCAAGGCCAAGGACGUUCGUGGAGUUUGACCGCGAGAUUUCCAUGUACAGGAGAGCGGAGUGGGCAGUGCGGCUUAUUACGGUUCGUGAGCGAUCUGUCAUGCUCUUUGCUUUCCUGUCCACCGUGAUCGCUUUGACGGCUUCGGCAGGAGGAGACCACGAGAAGAUAUCGUCAGUGUUGCUGCCUUUCCUCAGUGUCAGCAAAGAGCCCUCGAAAUGGCCAGCGCCAAAAGAUCCCAGAGAUGUCGACAGAAGGCUUUGCAAGUUGGACUUGGCAAGAGAGAUGAACAUUAAAGUUGGGGAUCGGGUUCGAGUUCUCUAUGGCAGUGAGAAGGGCAAGCACGGCGUCAUCAGCCGAAUUAUCCGUGACAAGAAUCAGGUCAUCGUGUCUGGUGUCAGCCUAAAGCGAAGCUUCUGGCACCCGGAUCCGGGGCCUGGCAAGCCUUCCAUCAUUUCGGUGGAGUGCCCGAUCCACAUCACCAAUGUCGUGCUAGUGGACCCGGUGACGAAGCAGCCGACAAGAGUCAAGAGGCGGUAUAUGAUGAAUGGCGAAGGCGUUCGAAUCUCCAAGGUCUCCGGCUGCGCCAUGCCCGAACCCGUCGCAGUCGGCCUCAACGCGCGCGAAGUCCUCUGGAAGCAGCACGAGGAGGGGGUGCUCCGGCAAGCGAAGGAGCGGCGUGGGCCGCCCAAGGAAGACAUCUUUGGAAACAAGGAGCACUUCAAGACACUGGUGCGGCUCGUUCGCGAGCGGAGAGCUGCCGAAGAUGCCCAGGGCAAGGCUUCGUCAAGGACUUCGGUCGAGUGA